AUGAUAGCGCGAUCGCUGUUGCGACUGGCCAAGCCGCAAUUGCGAGCUGGCAUUGCCGUGCGAACCAAAUUGACACAGUUCCCCGUGCGAAAAUACACAACCACCCCCGAGUAUGCCGGAGCUGGAAUCCUGUCCCAGGUGGCUGACAAGGAGCUUGUCGAUGUCUCCAAGGUUCUGGUCAUUGGUUCUGGAGGUCUGUCUAUUGGUCAGGCCGGAGAGUUCGAUUACUCCGGAUCUCAGGCCAUCAAGGCUCUUCGAGAGGAGGGCAAGCAGUCCAUUCUCAUUAACCCCAACAUUGCGACCAACCAGACCUCGCAUUUCCUUGCCGACGAAAUCUACUACCUGCCUGUUACCCCCGAGUACAUUAUCCACAUCAUUGAGCGAGAGCAGCCCGACGGAAUUCUGCUGACCUUUGGAGGCCAGACCGGACUCAACGUCGGAGUCCAGCUGAACAAGAUGGGCGUGUUUGACCGAUACAAUGUCAAGGUUCUUGGAACCCCCAUCAAGACCCUGGAGACCUCCGAGGACCGAGACCUGUUUGCUAAGGCCCUUAGGGAGAUUGAUAUCCCCACCGCCGAGUCCAUUGCUGUUGAAAACGUUGACGACGCCCUCAAGGCCGCCGAGUCCGUUGGUUACCCCAUUAUUGUCCGAUCCGCCUACGCCCUUGGAGGUCUGGGUUCCGGUUUUGCUAACAACGAGGACGAGCUCCGAAACCUCGCUGCGCAGUCUCUGUCUCUUGCCCCCCAGAUUCUCGUUGAGAAAUCCCUGAAGGGCUGGAAGGAGGUUGAGUACGAGGUUGUCCGAGACCGAAACAACAACUGUAUCACUGUCUGCAACAUGGAGAACUUUGACCCUCUUGGAAUCCACACUGGUGACUCUAUUGUCGUUGCUCCCUCUCAGACUCUGUCCGACGAGGAGUACCACAUGCUCCGAUCCGCUGCCAUCAAGAUUAUUCGACAUCUCGGCGUUGUUGGUGAGUGUAACGUCCAAUACGCUCUCCAGCCCGACGGACUCGACUACCGAGUCAUUGAGGUCAACGCCCGUCUCUCCCGAUCUUCUGCCCUGGCUUCCAAGGCCACUGGUUACCCUCUCGCUUACACUGCUGCCAAGAUUGCCCUUGGUUACACCCUUCCUGAGCUCCCCAACGCCGUGACUAAGACUACUUCCGCCAACUUCGAGCCCUCUCUUGACUACAUGGUCACUAAGAUCCCCCGAUGGGAUCUGGCCAAGUUCUCCAAUGUCAAGCGAGACAUUGGCUCUUCCAUGAAGUCUGUCGGUGAGGUUAUGGCUAUUGGCAGAACCUUUGAGGAGUCUUUCCAGAAGGCCAUUCGACAGGUUGAUCCUUCUUUUGUCGGCUUCCAGGGCCACCCCGAUUUCGCCAACAACAAGGAGUUCCUCGAGGAUACUCUUGCUAACCCCACCGACCGACGAUGGCUCGCUGUGGGCCAGGCUCUGCUCCACGAGAACUACACCGUUGACCAGGUUCACGAUCUCACCAAGAUUGACAAGUGGUUCCUCUACAAGCUCAUGAACCUCGUUGAGAUGCAGCGAGAGCUUGAGUCCCACAAGUCUCUUAACGGCCUCAACCAGGACAUUCUGCAGCGAGCUAAGAAGCUCGGAUUCUCCGAUAAGCAGAUUGCUCUUGCUGUUGGUUCUGAUGAGAUGUCUGUUCGAGCCCGACGAAAGUCCUUCGGUAUCACUCCCUUCGUUAAGCGAAUUGAUACCCUUGCUGCCGAGUUCCCUGCCGAUACCAACUACCUGUACACCACCUACAACGCGUCUUCACACGACAUUGACUUCAACGAGCAUGGUACUCUGGUGCUUGGUUCCGGCGUCUACCGAAUCGGUUCUUCCGUUGAGUUUGACUGGUGCGCUGUUUCUACCGUCCGAGCUCUCCGAGAGGCUGGCAAGAAGACCAUCAUGAUCAACUACAACCCCGAGACCGUGUCCACUGACUUCGAUGAGGUCGACCGACUGUACUUUGAGGAGCUUUCUUUUGAGCGAACCAUGGAUAUCUACGAGCUCGAGCACGCCCAGGGUGUUGUGGUCUCUGUUGGUGGCCAGCUGCCCCAGAACAUCGCCCUCACUCUCCAGGAGCAGGGCGCCAACGUUCUCGGAACCGACCCUCUGUCCAUCGACAAGGCCGAGGACCGACACAAGUUCUCUUCCAUUCUCGAUUCCAUUGGAGUUGACCAGCCCGACUGGUCCGAGCUGACCUCCGUCGCUGAGGCCAAGGAGUUCGCCGACAAGGUCUCCUACCCCGUUCUGGUCCGACCCUCUUACGUUCUGUCCGGUGCCGCUAUGUCCGUCAUCUACAACGAGUCUGAGCUCGAGCACAAGCUGAACAACGCCUCUGCCGUCUCUCCCGACCACCCCGUCGUCAUCACCAAGUUCAUUGAGAACGCCCACGAGAUUGAUGUUGAUGCUGUUGCCUCCAACGGUAAGAUGCUGGUUCACGCCAUCUCUGAGCACAUUGAGAACGCCGGUAUCCACUCCGGUGACGCCUCUCUGGUCCUCCCUCCCCAGGAUCUCGAUGACAAGACCAUGGCCCGUCUUAAGGAGAUUGCCGAGAAGGUUGCCGCUGCUUGGGAGAUUUCCGGUCCUUACAACAUGCAGAUCAUCAUGGUCCCCAACGGCACCGACGAGCCUGCCCUCAAGGUCAUUGAGUGCAACAUCCGAGCCUCUCGAUCCUUCCCCUUCGUCUCUAAGGUUCUCGGCGUCAACUUCAUCGAGGUUGCCACCAAGGCCCUUAUGCAGGAGAACGUCCCUGCCCCCGUUGAUCUUAUGAAGAUUGACCGACCCUACGUUGCCACCAAGGUCCCCCAGUUUUCCUUCACCCGACUUGCUGGUGCCGACCCCUACCUCGGUGUCGAGAUGGCCUCCACUGGUGAGGUUGCCUGUUUCGGUGCUGACAAGCUCGAGGCCUACUGGACCUCUAUCCAGUCCACCAUGGGCUUCAAGGUCCCCCAGCCCCCCUGUGGUGUCCUGCUCGGCGGUGAUCUGACCCCCCAGCUCAUUGAGAUUGCCAAGAACUCCGCCAACACUGGCUACAAGCUCUACUGCGCCUCUCCCGAGCUGGCCCAGAUCCUCACCGAGGCCACCUCCACCAACGUCUCCACCAUUGAGUUCCCCAAGACUGACAAGCGAGCUCUGCGGGAGAUUUUCCAGAAGUACGACAUCCAGUGCGUCUACAACCUGACUCGAUCUCGAGCCGAAUCUCUGCUUGACGAGAACUACGUCAUGCGACGAAACGCCAUUGACUUUGCCAUUCCUCUGUUCAACGAGCCCCAGACUGCCAAGCUCAUGUCCGAGUGUCUGCUCACCCGAAUCAACAAGAAGACCGGUGAGAUUCCUCCCGAGGUUCGACGAUGGUCCGAGUUUAUUGGCGGCAAACCCGUGUAA